CAGAUAUAUGGAUCUGAUCUUCUCUACUUGUUUAUUCAGUCUGCUCUCCAUCUUCCAAGGGAUUUCAGGGACUACAUUUACACUUGUGAAUAAAUGUGACCACACAGUUUGGCCUGGUAUCCUUGGCAACGCUCAGUUAGAUAGCACCGGAUUCGAACUACCAUCUGGUGGGUCCCGAACCUUCCAGGCGCCGCCCAGUUGGUCAGGUAGAUUCUGGGGCAGAACCGGAUGCACAUCAGACCCAAACACAGGUCAAGUCACCUGCCAAACCGGUGACUGUGGUUCCAGCCAAAUCGAAUGCAAUGGCAGAGGUGCAAGCCCUCCAGCUACUUUAGCUGAGUUCACGAUCGGCUCAGGAACUCAGGAUUACUACGACGUUAGUUUAGUUGACGGAUACAACUUGCCAAUGAUCGUGGAGCCAAGCGGUGGGUCAGGCACCUGCUUGUCAACAGGGUGCGUCAAUGACUUGAACCGGCAGUGCCCGAAUGAGUUACGGGUUGGGUCAGGUGAAGCCUGUAAGAGUGCAUGCGAGGCUUUUGGGACUCCAGAGUAUUGCUGCAGCGGUGCGUUCGCCUCACCCGACACCUGUAAACCAUCUGCUUACUCGGAGAUGUUCAAAGCGGCGUGCCCAAGAUCAUAUAGUUACGCGUAUGACGAUGCUACGAGUACGUUUACAUGUACAGGAGCUGAUUAUACGAUUACAUUCUGCCCUUCAUCAACAAGUAAAAAAUCUGCAAGCAACACGACCCCAACAACAACAGGCACAACAGCAACGACGAUGGGCACAGGGCCGACAAGCACCACAUAUGGAUCUAUUACAGGGUCAGGAGAGGUCCCAACGGACGACACUAAUUCAUGGUUACUAGAUUUUCUUACAGGGGAGUCUUCCGGGACUCUUUCUUCUGCUGUUUUCCACACCACAUUGUCAGCUUCAGCAAUUUCCUUUCUCUUCCUCUCUAUAUUUUAUUCGUAAUCUCAAAGUUACAUAAGCAGCUUAUUUAA